GAGGAAAACAAGCUUGUCACACAUAGACAGUUGUUUAUAGCCGACAGCAUGUGACGCUCGGUGAGUGCACAUGAAGAUCAAGAGGUCCAAGGAGAUACACUUCAGUUUGCCAGAUCUCCGUCAAUUCUUCGCAUCGGCUGUCACAAAACACGAAGACAAUGUCACAGCCAGCAGACUCUAUUCUUCACAGCGGAUACUUCCACCCCACUCUCAGAUACUGGCAGACCUGUGCUUCAGACCUCACACCAGAUAACCUCAUUUAUCCCAUCUUCAUUACUGACAGUCCUGAUGCAGUGGAACCGAUUGCAAGUCUACCUGGUCAAGCAAGAUAUGGUGUUAAUAAGCUAGAAGGUGUACUUCGUCCCCUAGUAGAAAAAGGCCUGAAGUGUGUGCUGAUUUUUGGAGUUCCUGCUAAAGUUGCUAAGGAUGAGAGAGGCUCUGGGGCGGACACAGACGAUACUCCCGCAGUGCUGGCUGUGCAGAAACUCAGAAAGUCGUUCCCUGAUCUAGUGCUGGCCUGUGAUGUCUGCCUUUGCCCUUAUACCUCUCAUGGCCACUGCGGAAUCCUGCGUGAAGAUGGCACCUUGGAUAACGCUGCAAGCUGUAUGAGGUUGGCUGAAGUAGCUCUGGCCUAUGCUCAAGCAGGCUGUCACAUCAUUGCUCCUUCAGAUAUGAUGGAUGGACGGAUUGCAGCCAUUAAGCAAGCACUCAUAUCCAAUGAUCUUGGCAAUAAGGUGUCAGUACUGAGCUACAGUGCUAAAUUUGCCUCCUGCUACUAUGGGCCAUUCAGGGAUGCUGCCCAGUCUAAACCUGCUUUUGGAGACAGACGAUGCUAUCAGCUGCCCCCUGGUGCCAGAGGACUGGCACUGCGAGCCUGUGAGCGGGAUGUGAAAGAAGGUGCUGACAUGCUGAUGGUGAAACCUGGAUUACCUUACCUUGAUAUUGUUAGGGAGGUCAAGAAUAAGCACCCCACUCAUCCGCUGGCAGUAUACAAUGUGUCUGGUGAGUUUGCCAUGCUGUGGCAUGGAGCUGCUGCCGGAGCGUUUGACCUGCGCACUGCAGUUAUGGAGGCAAUGACUGCCUUCCGGCGAGCAGGAGCUGACAUCAUUAUCACGUACUACGCUCCACAAUUACUCACAUGGUUAAUGGAGUAAUCUGCUGGUUCUCCUGUUUGAAUGAACUCGGAUCAAAGCAAUCUACUGAUGCUAAUUUUCCUGAAACUGAACUUAACUGACUUAAAAUAAAACUAAGCAGCAGAUGUUACUACACAAAUCACAAUCUCUCACCAUAUAUUUUUAUCUGAUUUAUGUAUCAUGUUAUAAACGCAUUCAAAAAGCUGUUUUUGUUUCAUUCAAAUGUUAAUUAGUUUUUCUUUAUUAUUAUUAUUAUUAUUAUGCAUUGAUUUCAUAAUUUUUGUAAGCAUGGAUCUGUUCUCUUUUAAUAUGAAUCUCUCAGAAUGCAGUAGCACUGAAAAUGGACCUCAGGUUUAUAAUUACAGCUGUUUAGUUCUCAAAUGCAUUUAGUUAUACACUGAAUGUUCUCUUUGUAUCUCCCUUUAAGCUUUACAGUGUGUGCUGUAGUUGAUCUAAAAAAAGUCUCUGUAUAUAACCAGAAAGAUGAAAAUAAAGUUAAAGCCAGGUAUGAA